CAACGAUUGAUAAAAUGAACUAGCUAAAACAAUUAAUUUUACUAUGGUUCUAAAAGUUAUAAAUAAAUAAUGCAUUGGAUAUUAAAAUAUGGCAGCUUCAAAAAUGUAUGUUGGUUUCCUCAUAUUAUGCUCAGCUAUAAUUCUUGUUGUUUAUUUACAAACGCAAAUAACAAGUUUAUCACAGAAGAAUGAUCAUUUAGAGAGACUGGUUCAGAAUUUACAACAGACGUCAGCUCAAAAUGUAAUUGCAGCCAAUCAGAAUGUUAAUAACAUUAAUAAAGCAGAUGAUAUUAUAGUUAUAUAUAACAGAGUCCCAAAAACAGGAUCGACAAGUUUUGUUGGUGUAGCAUAUGAUCUAUGUAAACGGAAUGAUUUUCGAGUUUUGCAUAUUAAUGUAACCGCUAAUAUGCAUGUAAUGUCAUUAGAAAAUCAGUAUAAAUUUGCCCAUAAUGUUUCAAAAUGGAACAAGUUGAAGCCAGCUUUUUAUCAUGGACACAUAGCCUAUUUGGAUUUCUCGAGAUUAGGAGGUCCUUCCAGUCCAUUGUUCAUAAACUUACUAAGGAAACCCUUAGAUAGAUUAGUUUCAUAUUAUUAUUUUUUGCGCAAUGGUGAUAAUUUUCGUCCAUAUCUAAUGAGGAAGAAACAUGGGAAUAAAAUGACAUUUGACGAGUGUGUAGAGUUAAAACAACCAGAUUGUGAUCCAAAUAAUAUGUGGUUACAAAUACCAUUUCUUUGUGGUCAUGCCGCAGAAUGUUGGGAACCGGGCAGUAGGUGGGCUUUAGAAGAAGCUAAAAGAAAUUUGAUCAAUAAUUAUUUUUUGGUUGGAUUGACGGAACAAUUAGAAGACUUCAUUAGAAUUUUAGAAAAUUCUUUACCCAGGAUAUUCAAAGGCGCAACAGAAUAUUACCAAACGAGCAAUAAGUCACAUUUAAGGCAAACAGUCGCAAAACUUGAACCUAUGGAAAAAACUGUAGCGGCAAUAAAGAAAUCUGCAAUAUGGCAAAUGGAAAAUGAUUUGUAUCAAUUUGCUGCAAAUCAUUUUGCACAUGUGAAGAAGAAAUUUUUAACACCGAAUGGUCUCCCUCAAACUUUUUUCUAUGAAAAAAUUAGACCA